GAGAGAGAGAGAGAGAGAGAGAGAGAGAGAGAGAGAAAUGGCGCCUCGAUGCUGCGCUCACUGAGGCAGUGUUUGGAGCCGGCUAGGGAGAUUCAGUAAGGGCAGACAAAAGGAAAAAACAUGGUGAACACGAGGAAAAGCUCUCGGUCGGGGAGCGGACCCUUCAUCUCCUCGAGGACUAGGUCGUCGUCGAGAAACUCAGAAGAACAUAAGGAGCCCAGUAGUGAUGUGAGCAGUCCCAGCAGUCCGCGGUUGGCUCCCCCUUCAAAGCGGAAGCGCCGCCGGAAUACAUCCGAGCCCAGCUCCAGUGAUACCUCCCCGUCCCCUCAGACUAAGGGCCAAAGGGUCAGUUGGGACAUCCCCACCUACCGCACCAGGUUGUCCUCUCGCAUAAUGCAGAAUGGGCAUGCCGGAGGGGGAGAUCACUCUCACAUGAAUGGCCACGUGGAGCUGAAGAGGAGCUGCCGGGUGAAGAAGAGCCAAUUUGAACACCUCAAUCAGAGCCUGCUGUUUGACCAGCUGGUCAACAGCACUGCUGAGGCUGUCCUUCAAGAGAUGGACAACAUCAGCAGCAUCAGGCAGAACCGUGAGGUGGAGCGCCUUCGCAUGUGGACCGGAGACACUGAGGAGGAAAACAUGGACAUGUAUUCCCGGGUGAAGCGCAGGAAAUCCAUGCGCAGGAGCACUUUCAGCAUGCCUACACACCACAAAGUCAUGAGCAAAGCUGAGCAGGAGGAUGAUGAAGAGGAGGAAGGGACGGAAGAUUCUCACGAAGAGGAAGAGGAGGAGGAUGCAGAGGAUGAAGAUGAUGAAGGGGAUGAAGCAGAAGAAGCGGGAGAGGAGAAUGGCAGACCGUAUAAUCUGAGGCAGCGGAAGACGGUGCAGAGAUACGAGGCACCACCUAUUGAGCCUGUGAACAGAAAACAGAGCAACCCCUCACUUUUUGACACCCACAGAUCCCCAGCAAGAAGAAGCCAUAUACGAGUGAAGAAACAUGCCAUCCACAGCAGUGACACCACCUCGUCUUCUGAUGAAGAGCGCUUUGAGCGGAGAAAAAGCAAGAGCAUGACCCGGGCCAGAAACAGGUGUUUGCCCAUGAAUCUGACCGCAGAAGACCUGGCCAGUGGGGUGUUGCGUGAUCGGGCGAAAGUGGGUGCCAGCUUGGCGGAUGUGGAUCCCAUGAACCUCGAUAACUCAGUGAAAUUUGACAAUGUAGGUGGCCUCAGUAAUCACAUUCAGUCACUGAAGGAGAUGAUAGUGUUCCCACUGCUUUAUCCAGAGAUCUUUGAGAAAUUCAAGAUUCAGCCACCCAGAGGGUGUUUGUUCUACGGCCCCCCAGGGACAGGAAAGACCCUGGUAGCACGGGCGCUUGCCAACGAGUGUAGCCAGGGAGACAGGAAGGUUUCCUUCUUCAUGAGGAAAGGAGCCGACUGCCUCAGCAAGUGGGUCGGAGAAUCGGAACGCCAGCUACGCCUGCUCUUUGACCAGGCUUACCUGAUGAGGCCAUCCAUAAUUUUCUUUGAUGAGAUUGAUGGUUUGGCUCCUGUUCGCUCCAGCAGGCAAGACCAGAUACACAGUUCCAUUGUGUCCACUCUGCUGGCCUUGAUGGACGGCUUGGACAGUCGUGGGGAGAUAGUGGUCAUCGGUGCUACUAACAGACUUGACUCUAUCGACCCUGCACUCAGGAGGCCUGGGCGCUUUGACCGGGAGUUUCUGUUCAACCUGCCCGACAAGAAGGCCAGAAAGCACAUCUUGGAGAUUCACACAAGGGACUGGAAUCCCAAAUUGGCUGAGCCAUUCGUAGAUGAACUUGCAGAAAAAUGUGUCGGCUACUGCGGUGCUGACAUCAAAGCACUUUGCACAGAGGCAGCCUUGGCGGCGUUGCGCCGCCGCUACCCUCAGAUCUAUGGCAGCAGCGUCAAACUGAAGCUUGAUGUCACCUCCAUCGUCCUGGGGCCCGGCGACUUCGGCAAGGCCAUGAGGACAAUCGUCCCAGCCUCCCAGAGGGCCCUGGCUCCCCCCGGCCGAGCCCUGUCCCCCACCCUCAGGCCCCUGCUGGCCAGCUCUUUCUCCUUGGUGCUGAAAGCUCUGCUCCGAGUCUUCCCCCAUGCUCAGUGUACUGACAGGGACAACACACACGGCGGUGACAAUCAACUGCUCGAAGAGGACUUAUACAGCGACGAUGACAAUGAGGAACACUCUGCUUCCAUCUAUGACGUCCAGCCUGCUGCAUCCCCAAAGAGUCAGCUCUUCUCUUCGGCAACGCACAGACCCUUCCUCCAUUUCUCCUCCUCUGCCCUCCAACAGCCCACAGCAUACCGGCCUCGUCUGAUGCUGGCCGGGGCCCCGGGCUCAGGACAGAGCUCCCACUUGGCCCCUGCCUUGCUGCACCACCUGGACAAGCUGCCAGUCCACCGCCUGGAUUUGCCCACUCUCUACUCCAUCAGCGCUAAGACGCCAGAGGAGUCCUGUGCUCAGGUUUUCCGCGAAGCCCGCCGGAGCAUGCCCAGUGUGGUGUUCAUGCCACACAUCUCAGAGUGGUGGGAGACAGUGAGUGACACUGUGAAGAGCACCUUCCUCACGCUGCUGCAAGAUGUGCCCUCUUUCAGCCCUGUCCUUAUCCUUGCCACUGCUGAGACUCACUACUCACAGCUGUCAGACGAGGUGAGAAGUAUGUUCCAGAGGACGUACGGGGAGGUACUGACGCUGUCCCCUCCAGGAGACGAGGACAGGAGGAAUUUCUUCUCUGACCUGCUGUUGGUCCAAGCAGCCAGGGCGCCACCACGCCUCAAGAGCACAGAGAGGUGUAAAGCGGUUCUGCCAGUGGCAGAGGCUCCAGGCCCCAGGGUCCUGUCAGCAGAGGAGCAGCGCCGCCUGGCUGAGCAGGAGGAGAACACACUACGGGAGCUCAGGCUCUUUCUCAGGGACGUGACCAAGCGCCUGGCCACUGACAAACGUUUCAACAUCUUCAGCAAGCCAGUUGACAUUGAGGAGGUGUCAGACUACCUGGAGGUCAUCCGGCAGCCUAUGGACCUGUCCACUGCCAUGACCAAGAUCGACACCCACCAGUACCUGACAGUGAAGGACUUCCUUGCGGACAUCGACCUCAUCUGCAGCAACGCUUUAGAAUACAAUCCUGACAAAGAUCCUGGAGACAAGGUGAUCAGGCACAGAGCGUGCAGUUUAAAGGACACAGCCCAUGCUAUAUUUGCAUCUGAGCUAGACCCCGAGUUUGACCGCAUGUGUGAAGAGAUCAAGGAGGCACGCAGGAAGAGGGACCUCCAGACGCCAGCUCAGCCGACGCCGCCGAUGGGCGCUGUGGCAACCAGAAAGCAACACACCGCAGCAGAGGAGCAGGCCAAGAGCAGCACUCAGGGCGAGGCCACUGACAAACAGUGCACCACUAAUCAUAUAAAGCGGAAGAUUCGCCGGCGGCCAUCUUGGGGGCGGGGCAUUAUCCGUAAGAAGAAGAAUUAUUACAGGAAGGAAACGGAAGAGGAGGAGGAGGAGCCUGAGGCAGAGGUGGAAGCUGCAGGGCCCAGUGACUCAUGUUUGACGCAGGAUGAGGAGUCAUCUUGUGAUACCCUGGGUCCUCAGCCCAAUGGCCACCAUCCCCAUGUCCCCUCCACAGAGGAGGAGAGCUCCAACGAGCCUCCUGUUGCUGCUCCUGCUGAACCUCCAGAUGCCAGUAAAGCCCACGAAAAGCCAAUACCUAAGGAUGCAGAGCCAGCAGCUAAGGAGGAGGAGCCCACAGCCAAAGAGGCAGAACCUGAGAACACAGAGAAACACACAGAGCUGCAUUGCCUUGGUGGCAGUUCUCAACCCAAGGCAGGCGGGGAUGUCCAGGCCAAGCAGGCUGACUUCCAGCCUUUGAUAGAAAUGUCUGAGUCUUCAGAUGCUGAGGUCCAGCCUAAACACACAGACGGUAUCCUUGUAUCACAAGCGGAUUGUGUGAACGGAAAUGAAUCAAUGGACAGCUUGGACUCGCAGAGCCUCAAAAAUAGCAGUGAGGCUGAGAAAAGGACUCCUCUCGGCACGGCUGAGGGCUCUAAUACACCAGAACAGGAAGAGCACAAAGACAAAAAUGAGAGCAAUCCAACUCAGGGGCACCCUCCCCAGGAUGGGAGGGCAGCAACAGAAGACGCUGAGGAAGAUCAAGUCACAGAAGGGGGUUCCACAGUCCAGACUUGCGAGAUGAGCCUGUCAGAGCAGCUGAAGGAAUCUGCUGAAAGGACGGAAGAAGAGCCACAACCAAUCCCUCCCCAUCCUCCCGUAGUGGUUGACCACCAGCGACUUGCGGCUCUACUGGAUAAAGUGGUAAAGAAGAGUGAGGGCCACAGCGUGGAGCAGCUGGAGAGACUCUACUCCCUUCUCAGCCAGUGUAUCUACCAGCAUCGCAGAGAGUACGACAAGACCCAGCUACUGGAGGAGAUGGAGGAGAGAAUCCAGCAUUUUGAUACAUUCCUGUGACACGGAGAGAAUACCUUAUCAGGUAGAUCCUGAACAGCCUGGGACCACAAAGACACACACACAGAGUGAGAUUGAAGGAGCUUCAGCCCUCAACACAAAAACACACACACAGAAGAAAAAAUAAAUCCAGCGCCCUCUUUUUGCUGGGAGGGGACACAACGAGGACGACGUUGAGGACAUUUCAAUGGUGCUAUCGUCUCAGGAACCUGGCCAGAUCCAGACCCAUUCUACACAACCAAACUCCUAGAGGUGUGUCAGUCACACACACGCACACACACCAACGGUGACGGGCAACCCUGGUGCUAACUCGGGUGCUAUCCUAACUUUCAUCCAUGCUGCUCUUUGGAUUACUUCUUAACUUGGAUGACUAGCAAAACCAACAGAUCGGGUGAUGUCAUAACGCAAACCUGGCCACUUCAACACACACACACUGCAUGUAUAACUACAGACACACACCCAGAAAAUGCACACCCAGAUCCUCACCAGCAGAAGUGUGAAUGCAGAGCGCUGCUAGCAGAUGAAGACAGUUAAUGUUCUGAAUCAGUGAAGCAGGUUGCUGAGCUCAUCUCACCCUCGAGUGGAAUGCUUCGUCACAGGCCAGUCGUUACCACGCCAUUACGCGGCUCUUUUUUUUUCCUGCUCAUUUUCGCUACUUGAUUAAUUCAAUAUCUGAGCCACCGUCAAGGAUACUCACCCAGAACAAUAGUUUACAAAGAAGUUUUUAGCGUGAGGUUAGCACAGCAGGACUCGAGCCCAUUACGUCCUCUUCAUUACGGCGGCCGUCGGGCGUGGAGCGCCGUUAGCCCCCUCAGCGUUUAGUCUCAGAGUUACUGUCGCCUGCAGGUCAGCUGUACAACCACUUCGCUCACACACCACCUCUUGCGAUCACAGUCUCAGCAGAUUGUCAUGUCCUAAAUAGUUUGUCCCCCACUCCUCACUACAUUCAGUCGGAAUGUUUUCCCUCCCGCUCAAGCUGUGCCCGCCAGUUGAUUUCCCCACCCCGGCUGAGAAACUGGAAGCAGUACAAAUUGGAAAGAGUUUAUAGAGUUUGCACUGCCUAGUGUGUGCCUUAUUUUAAAACCUCAUAUGAAACUCUGAUAUAUUUAGCAGGAUUUUUUUAUUUUCUACUUGUGACAAUGAACAGGCUCCGAGUCGGGGUCCUAACCACUGAGGUCACUCCGACCUUUUAGCAAAAAAAUAGAUAUAGUUCAAUGCCAUUAGGUCGUUUAAAUACAUAUCUAGGUUAGACAUCUCCAACCUGGGCCAAAAUUGACUGCUUUAUAACACAACUCAAAUCCCCAAAAAGUUGAGAUGCUGUGAAAAAAACUCCUUUACAACCUACAUUCAAUUAAAUACAGUACAAUUCCUUUUUUUGUAAAUGUAUACACUGAUUCUGAAUUUGCUGCAUUCUGUUUACGUUUUUUUUUUUGGAGUUGUAAAGCCGACUGAUAUGUCGGUAUAACUGCCUUUAACAGAUAUCUCUGUAUUGGCCUAAAUGUUGCCUGAAAUCUGCCAAUAUUAUUAUUUAUUAACAAAAUUUGAUCCAGAAAAGGAUGCUUAGUUGGAUUAUUCAGAAAUUGUCAUCACAUAGUUUAUCCCACAGAGCAACAAUAUGCAUCAAAUUCAGAAUUCACUUAGUGUAUUUACAAAUACUGUUCAGUUUGAACAUAAAAUAUACCCUUUUGUAGUUCACCAUUGAAUUCUUUUUUAGACAACGUCCUAACUUUUUUGGAAUCGGAGUUGUACAAUCUCUUGGUGAGCAGCACAGAACGAGACAAAAAGCUGCUGCAAGUUUGUGGCAUUUUGGAACUUAUACUACUUAGCCCAUUCUGCCUACACAUUAUAACAGUAAUGAUACAUGUAUAUAUCAGCCGAUAUUUCGAUAUCAGAAUUUUUUACUCCCCAAUAUUGGUAUCUGCCCCCAAAAUCCAGUAUCGGUCAGGCUCUGCUUUUUAAAAUCUGAACACAAAAGGAUUUUUAGAUAGUACUUGUGUCUACAGCACUUGAAAUGUUUGGAUAUUUAAAUAUAUUCAUGCCCUGUUAACCGCAGGUCAGUCUCCACCAGAGUGGACAGCAGGUGUAAGAAGACAACACCAGCUUUUCUUCAGUUUUUCAUAUGCAAAAAACACAACAUUAUGAUGCGAGUCAAAUGAUUUUUACCGUGCCAAGUGUUCUCCCACUCCCUAAAAAAGGUGCUGAAGUAACGGUGCCUGUUCACAGGAAUUCUGUUUCAACUAUGAAAAUGUUCUAUUAGAUGUUCAUAACAACCUAUGUGUUAUUUUGUGUAUUUGAUAAAUAUUUUCUACUUUUUUUUUUAUAAGAUGCUUUGCUUGAGUUGAGAUUUUGCAUGAAUUCAUAAUGAACAAGGCCAUUCUAGGCAGUGCCCGUCACUAAGGUGUAUAAAGCAUUACAAGAUUUUUUUUGAUUUUUUUUUUCAAAUGUGUGUACCGACUUUAUGGGUAACACUUUAUAGUAACCAGCAUUAAUAAAUGGUAGUUAUUUUUCUGUUAAACAAUAAAAUAAGCGUUUACUAAUUUCAAGUAAUGCUAUAAUUGCACGUUGCAACAUUUUGUACUAUUUUGGGUGUUUGUUCAUCAUCAUCAAAUGAAAACACUUAAGAAAUCAUUAUCAAAAUUAUUUGGAUGUCUAUUUUAAAGUUGUCACUGAUGCUGUUAAGUUGUUAAUAAAUCAUCUCUAAUCAUUAUUAUUAAUGGUUAAUUGAUUUGAAAACCAUCUCUAAAUCAGCCAUUAAGUUACAUUAAAGUGGCCCAAUCAAAUCUUUUAGCGAUGAUCUUUAAAUUACAUGUCUAAAUGUUUUACAAAUGUUAAUCAUAAAACAUUUGCUAUGGUGUAUAAAAUGUGUGCAACGAAAAAAUUAUAAAUUACUUAAAGCAUUCCUAGUAAUUACUAAACAUUAGCCAUUUCAUUGUUUCAGCAGUAGAAAAACAACUGUCCACAAAGCUAAUUAACUAUCAUUUACCAUUUAUUUGUGAUGGCUGUUAUAAAGUGUUUCCACUUUCUGGAUUUAUUUCAUGUGUUUUUGUCAACACCAGACAAGAGAAGCUGGAUUCUGGUGUGUGGUACACACAGUAAAUGUUUUCUGACCGCAGUAAAUGAAGGGUAUUUACUGAAGCUUUAUAAAGUUUUCAUGGCAUUGUCGUGGUUUUGGAGAUGCUAGAUUCUGGAGAAGGCCCCUCCCCUCCCUUCCUUCCUUCCUUCCUUUCACGCAAACCUCUUGGUGCGACUCUGACCCCAGCUCACCUCUGCCUUUUUCUCAGAUUCUACGUGACUAAAAGCAAAGACCAUAUGCAAACUGACAACGACAGGUUAGCACUUGGACUACUGCAGAGAGAAUAAACCAACGCUACCUCAGCUUAAUUUAUUUUAAAAACAGUUUACUGGGUACAAAAACAGUAUUUUUCUCUCCCUCCUGAAAUACUGUUGCAACAUCUACAGUACCAUCACAGGUACCAGAUCAGUGAAAGCACGGCUGCUGCAGUAAUCCAAGAGUUGUUUUUAUCUCUCCGAUUCUUAUGUAUGUUUGCAUUUGAGCCAGAUGAUGAUUGCAUAAAUUUAAAGCAUAUUUCAUGAACUGUAUAUGUUAUGCUUUAGUUUCAGAUUCAUUUCUACUGUACAUGAUCACCCCCCAGAUCGUUUUAGAAGCUAGAGAGCAUUUUCUGCCUCGUCACACAACCAUCGCCUUUAUUAUAAAUUCAGCUUUUUUAUUUUGCAGAUUUUCAUCUCAUGAUUCUGAUUAUUUAUUAAACACUUUUACACCUAAUAUCAGUCAAUUGUCUUUUUGUACGUUUUGAAUAUUAACAAAUCGGGAAGUGUCGCGCGUCCAUUUAACUUUUUUUUUUUUUUUUUUUGCUGAAUUGCGUAGCGUUUGUGUAGCAGGUUUAUUUGGCGUGUGCGGGGGAAUAAAGGGUUUACAGGUCUCUCAGGUUCAACACGCGACAACAUGCCCUUUCAACUUUUCUAUUUAUUUCAUUGUUCUGGUGUUUUUCUUCGUUAAAGUGGUUACAGACUGUGGCAUACUGGAAGAGACUAACAUUAGGAGAGUGUUUAAACCGUAGUGUCUGUGUAGAACAUCGCAGGAAGAGAAACAGGACCAGAUUAACUUUUCUUCUAAUGUUGUUCACUUUGUCUCCACUUUCUGCCAAAAGAGUUAUUUUUUAUGAAUUUAGAAAUAUGGAAAUAAAAUAUGGGUAGUUAAAUGUCAUACAUUGUGAUCUUCCUUUCUUAUUAUAAAUUGUAGCCAGUUUGGACUAACAACCAAUUUUUGUCUGGUAGUUGAGACUACUUAGUCCAGUAUGCAGAAGGAAAGGUUUGUUCUAUCCUCGAUUACUUUGUUCUUCCCUGUUUCCUUUCACUGUUCAUUUAGUCGAGACUUUCCAUAGCUUUGUCGAUUCUGUUCGUUUUUGUAUUUAACACCUGUUCGCAAUUGUUACUUUAGUGUAAGUUAUAUUUGAAAUGAAACAUUUACUGUAUUUCUCAAAUAAACUGCUGUGAUAUACUUGAAUAAAAAGGUGCAAACUGUA